ACGUCGUAAAACUACGGAAGCGCGGCUGUGCCAAACACUGGUCUGCAGCACGAAUGUUUGCUAACUGAUAAUCACGGUGUCAUGUUGUUUUUAAUCGGUUUGGGAUUGGGGGACGCCCGGGACAUCACGGUGAAAGGACUGGAGAUCGUAAAGCGAUGCAGCCGGGUCUACCUGGAGGCUUACACCUCGCUCCUCUGUGUCGGCAGGGACGUGUUGGAGGAGUUUUAUGGUCGUGAACUCAUCAUUGCAGAGAGAGAGAUGGUUGAACAAGAUGCUGAUGAAAUUUUGAGGGACGCUGUUGAUAAUGACAUUGCCUUUCUUGUAGUAGGAGAUCCAUUUGGUGCAACAACACACAGUGAUCUAGUUUUACGAGCAGUAAAAGCAGGAAUUCAGUAUCAAGUUAUACACAAUGCCUCCAUAUUAAAUGCAGUUGGAUGCUGCGGUCUGCAGUUGUACAAUUUUGGUGAAACUGUAUCCUUUGUACUCUGGACAGAGACAUGGAAACCUGAAAGCUUCUAUGACAAAAUAAAGAGGAACCGACAGAAUGGAGUUCACACAUUAUGCUUACUUGACAUCAAAGUAAAGGAACAAUCGGUGGAAAAUCUAUUAAGGGGAAGGAAGAUCUUUGAGCCUCCCAGGUUCAUGUCUGUGAAUGAGGCUGCUGAACAACUACUGGAGAUAAUUGAAAAUCGAAGAGUUAAAGGAGAGGAGCUAGCACUGACUGAAGAGACCAUGUGUGUCGGACUAGCCAGAGUGGGUUCCAAAGACCAAAAGAUUGCUGCUGCAACACUACAACAGAUGGUGAAGGUGGACCUAGGUGCUCCUCUACAUUCCCUGAUCAUUACAGGCCAUAUGCAUCCUAUGGAAAUUGAGAUGCUGAAACUCUUCGCUGUGGAUAAUUCAAGUUUUAAUAAACUUGAUCAGCAUAUGAAAUCAUAGUAAAACAAUUAAACUGCAAUUUCAGGUCUCAGUUUUUCAGUUUUAUGCUCCUUUAUAAGCAGAGAAAAAAGCUGGAUUGCCUUUUAAAAGAACUGAUAAAGCAAUUACUUAAAUGUCAAAGGUUUGUUGUAUGCUCAAUUGCAGGCUAACCUCCUGAAUGUUUCCAGUAUCUGGAAUCUUUCUUUAGUGUACAUGAAAUAAAUCGCCAAAUCUAGUAGUGUUGGGAAUUGAGUAUUUCACAUUAGUUAGUCUCCAUUAGGAUCAAGUGAGUAAAGAGACUGUUUGAUAUACACUCGUUUUUUAACACAGUGUCCCACAACUACUGCUCUCUCUGGUUCUCUCUGUAGUUGAAUUUCUUCCUCUUUUUGGAAAGUCUUGCUGCAAGCUUGUGUGAGUCCAUAUUGAAAAAGGGACAUUUGUAUAUGGGUAAAAAACAAAUUGUACUUUAAGCAACUGGCUCAAACCACAUGGGCCCAAUGAUUUUAUCCUGCACUGUAUGACCUAAAUAGUUAGUUAUUGCAGGUUCAAGUUUAAGCAUACAACUGAGAAAGUUAUUUUUUUUUGGGGGGGGGGGGUUCUGAUACCUGUUAAAUUGGAUUCCAUUGUUUGAGUAGGGAAGCAGUUUCUCACCUAUAUGAACGGCACAAAGGCAGGUGAUGUUUGGAGAUGCCUACGACAAGGAUAUGAAAGGAAUAGCAUGAGCAAAGAGGAUAUUAAAAACUAGAGUUAGUCAUGAUCACACAAAUGUCAUAGUAGAAUUUGAUUAUUGAGAUUAGAACUGGAUACUGUAUAUUUAUGUUCUAAUUCCAGUAUUCUGAAGACUUGUUAACAUACCAUCCUCAAUGACCCUUCAUUUGCAAAAUCUGGCCUUGUCAUCUUAAAGUCUUAAACCAGUAUCAAAUAGUAUGUCUCUGCUUUUAAAACAUUAGAUACAGAAAUAUGCAUUUAAUCCUAUGAUUCAGAAUCAAGUUUAAUAUCACUGGCACAUGUCAUACAAUUUGUUGUUUUGCAGCAGCACUACAUUGCAAUACAUAAUAAUAAAAGAACUUUAAAUUACAAUAAGUAUAUAUAACAAUUAAAUCAAAUAAGUAGUGCAAAAAGAGAGCAAAAAAUAGUGAGGUAGUGAGCAUGGGUUCAUUGUUCAGAAAUCUGAUGGCAGAGGGGAAGAAGGUGUUCCUAAAACAUUAUGUGUGUGAGUCUUCAGGCUCCUGUACCUUCUCUGUGAUGGUAACAUCAGAAGGAGUUAAAUCAGGAAUUAGACAAGAGGGAGGAAUUCAGGAAAAACAUAAUGAGCAAACACGAGGAAAUCUGCAGAUGCUGGAAAUUCAAACAACACACACAAAAUGCUGGUGGAACACAGCAGGCCAGGCAGCAUCUAUAGGGAGAAGUACUG